AACGCCAUCUAAGCUUGUUUUAGAGUAACAGCCUUUCAGGGCAAGCAUCCCAGGACCAGCUGCCCAUUGCGAAAGUAUCUUUGCUAGUUCUACAGAGAGAUGGCGUCUGAGUAUUUAAAUAUUUCGUUUAAACGUUCUGAAAUAGUGAAUUUCGGAGAUUUCAGUAAAACUGACUAAUAAGCAAUUCCAAUCAAGAUGUUGGACCUGCUCAACCCCCCGAAGUACUGCCCCCAGUGUGAGGGGGUAGGACAGAAAAACAAGGUCAAGAAGUUCCGAAUGAAGGAUGGUUGCUUUGUUCUCAUGUGCAAAAGCGAUAAGUGUCCAUGGCCGUUCUCUGAGUACAGCAAAGAGCAGGUUACAUUUAAAGACGAAGAUGUAUGUUCGAAAAAGAGAAAAGGAGAUUUAAAGGAUAGUCCAGAAGAAAUCAAUUCCCCGAAUCAAAAGAAACCUAGGAUUUCAGAUGAUAAUCACAACUUUAGGAAUUCUCUAGCUGUUGACCUCCCUGAGAAACCCCUAGAAGAAAGUGAACAAGUACCUGUUGAUAAAGUUAGUGAAGUUCUUGAUAAUAGAGUUGGUGAAGAACCAUCUGCUGAUGUUCCCGAAGAACCUGUAGAAAAUCCGCUAAACUGUGAUGAACUCUUACCUCAGACUAUUCUAGAGAAAUGUAAUGAAAGUUCUUGUCAGACCGAACCCGAACCUGGUUCAACACAAGCUAAAUCAGCAUCUGGAGCAGAGGGUGAACCCAAACGCGCUCUGGAUGACCGGGAUUUUUUUAAAGCUAUUCCUGUAGCGGUCAGACAACCAAUCCGUCUUCCUAAACAUGCUGCUCACAUUCUUAAUUCAAGGCUGGAGACACAAACUCCCGAACUAACACCAGCUCAAGACUCCGGGAUGGAUGAGAGCGUGAUGGAUGAAGAAGAUGAGGAUGAAGAGAUGGAUGAAUUUGAAGGUUCUGAUUCUGAACUGGAAAGUUUAGUGAGUGAAUGUUCAAGUAUGUCUACAAUAUCAGAAUGCAGCACAGAUGAUGGUAAGGGUGCUGGGAAGAUAAAAAAGAGAGGAAAGAAGAAGAAAAGAAAGGAUCGAAGAAAGCAGCACAAUAAUACUUGUAGUAAAGAGAUGAAUAGAGGUUCCGAUAUCGCUGCAGUAUUUGUUCCUAGUUCAACCAGUAAAAGAAAACAAGAAGAUUCCGAGGCUGAAUUAGAAAAAUUAAAAACCGUAGAAAAUCCUGAAAAUAUUCCUAUAGAUGCUGGCACUGUAGAACCUGAAGGAAUGUCUCCUGAUUCUGAUCAAGAGGAUCCUCUCCGGGAAGAUGGUUCGAUUAUGGACCACUUUAUAGUUGUAAAUGAGGCCGUUCUUGACGAAGUUCAUACUCCGGAUAAACUGCAGUCCCGGAGCCCGGAGUGUGAGAUUAUGUACGAGGAUCAGGAGAUUCAGAUCAACUUCAUCCCAGCUCAGGAUGGACUGGAUACCAAGACAAGAACCGGGGCUGGGAGUCGGUGUGCUCAAAUUAGUUUCUCCGAUCCUGUGACGGGUUCCCUGGCGGUUUUUCCCCCGGUGUUUGUACCUGAAGUCGACAUGGGGCACUUGGUGAACAUUGUGACGGAGCAGGCGGAGAAAUUUAAGUUUAAAGCUUACAAAAUCCAAGGAAAUUUAGGUUUAAAAAGAAGUUUUGUUGUCUCCCGAAGUAAACUUGAGAGGAGUGUGAUCAAGCAUGUGGAGAAGUGCUUCACGAAGAAGUCCAUGAAGGAGAACAGGGUCAAGAUGGAGGGGGAGAAGAAGAGGAAAAGAUCUCCGAGGAAAAGUGAAGGAAAGGACACCCUGAAUACUUCAAAUAUAAGUGAGUCGGAUGAAAUGUCUAUCUCGGAGAAAGAAUCUGAGGAAACUGAGAUCGAGAUGGAUAUGGACUGUCAAUCUUCCAGUAUUCAGUCAAGUCUGGGAACUGCAACAGUUCCAAUUGUCGAGAACACGCCUGAGGAUAAUAUAUCCUUGUUUAAGAAACCUCUAGGACCUGCUCGGAGUUAUCAUUCUCCUCGAACCUUGCCCUCACCACGACCAGGGUUUACGGAGCAUGGGGUUCCAUCUCCUAAAUACUGCAUGAUACUAAGUGAACCAAUGUCUCCUAUGCCUGCCACACCCCGUGGACCAGACCACGAGGAGGAGCAGGAGGAGGAUAUGAAUCAUUCUAUCAUCCCAGAGAUGGAUAGCGUGGAGGAUAUCAGUCAUGCAUCUAUUGCAGCAGAUGGCGCUGAGUGCUUUGAGAGCGUGCUCGGUAAAAAUAAACCGAAUAACAAAAGACGACCUAAGAAGAAAGAACGUGAGGAUGUAAAACAAGAUCAAAAAACUGACUCGGAAAUACCAGUUCUGAUGGAAUCAUUGAGUAACAGACUAAUGUUGAAUACAGGGAUAGAUAUCAAAGCGUCUGUUAUACCAACUCCACAGGAGACGAGCGUGACAAUCCCUACUCUUGUUCUCAUGGUUUUUGAAGACGAUGAUCCGGAUUUUGCUCAUGUUCGUAAGGUUGGGUCUGGUUCCUCCUCACUUUACACCGAACCUCCCCCUACUGUUGAAGCACCGACUCCUAUGUCUAACUGUGUGUUUCAUGUUGCCCAAAACAUGAGUAUAGAUCUACCCAAUGCUUCAGACAACCUUGAGAUUGAAAACCGAGGUUCUAACAAGAUUUUUCUUACCGCUGACAGUGAUCAGAUUGAAGCGCACAAUAUGAGAGCUGAGACUAUUUAUCACAAACCAGGGAGAAAGAAACUACGAAAAAAGGUGGUUGUGGAAGAACCGGCACCAUCGACCUUCGGUCCAGGUUGGUUCAUCUGGAAGGAUUGGAGGGUAGAUUCGGAGCUAUACACUAACUUUACUCAUUACAUGGAGGACCUAAUGAAAAAGUGGAACAAGACUGAACCCCUGCAGGCCUUGUUCCAGGAGAAGGAGGUGUCUCCAGAGGAGCAAUUAAAGGACAUCGUUGAUUUCUUCUUCCAGGUUUACAUGAAGGUUAAUCAUGUGACAAGCAUGUACAGGCUUACAGUGCCAGAUUGUUUGGAUUUUAUUAGAACUAACUACAAUACCAAUAAUUUUGAAUUCAACGCCUUCUGUAAGGAGUUGUUUGAUAGAAACAGUAAAGAACCCGUUAUUCCAGAUUUAAUUCAAAUACUUUCUAAGGAAACAAUCGAGAAGCUCGAUAAACCAGAUCGGCCUCCGCCAGAUUAUAUUAAAACCUUGCCUCCGGUUGUUGCUGCUAAAAUGAUCUCCUCCAUCGGAGGCAAAUCUCCCGUCAUUGACGUCAAAAAGCCUCCGGUCAAACUUGAACUUCCCCUUUCUCCUGUUAUUGAGAAUCAUGGGACUAGUGUUGCAGUUCUUGAAUCCGUCCAACCUUUAUCCCAGACCACUCGAGUUGGCCAGGGGGAUAAGUGUUUGCAGUUCUUCUUCGAGAAUCCCAUGGACGGAGUCAAGAUUGCUUUCAACCCUGUUUAUGUGAAGGACGAGGAGGACGUCAAGUACGUUGUUGCACUUGUGAGUGAAAAAGCGGGAGAAUUUAGGUAUAGAUCCGGGUACACCAAGAAGCCGACCCAGUACUUCUCUGAUGCAGUCAAGGCCAGGUCAAAGCUAGAGCCUGAAGUGAUCCGGUAUAUUGAAUCCUGCUUUACCAAGAGAGGGAUGAAGGACAAUAAAGCUGGAAUGGUGAAGAAAAAUUAUCCCAAGAAGAGAAUCCGUGUACUCGUUGAUAAAUCCAAGGCUAAGAUCAAGCAAGAACUGUUGGAGGAAACUGAUAGUCCUGAAGAGCUGGAUAUAUCUGAGAACGAGUUUGAUGAAGAUCUUGAAUUAAAGAAGAAAUCUGACAACUUGUAUUUAUCAGACGAGGAUGAUUCGAAACGAGUAUUAGAAGAACGAGUUUUUGGCGGCCGAAUGCCAAAGGUAAAGGUGAGGGAACGCCAUUUUGUUUCCAAGGCUAAGAUUGUGAGAGAGGGUCAGCACGAUAAUGAUGACGACGAUGAUGAAAAUAUUUCCCCAAAUGAAACCGUCAUUUCAAUGGUGGACCAUGUCCUGGACACAAAAAGCUCAGAUCCGGACACUGGGAAAAGAAUUGCCAGCAAAUUAAAACUCUCAAGUCUUCUUAAAUCUAGAAAGCAACGGCGAAGACCUUCGACUAGUGAAUCAAGUUCUAACGACGAAGACGACGUGUUGCAAACAAGUGGUCGCUAUAGUUACCUUAGAGCCUCAGUGCAUGAUGAUUCUGUGCGAACAUCUGACCGUCUUAGGAAGAAAUACGGAAUGAUGGAUGAAGAAGGAAAUCCAACCCCUGAUGAAGUUCAGUCUAAAGUACAUUCUAACAGAGAUUCUGAGAAGCCUCUGACCAAUGGAAAGGUUUCCAGUUUAAAAGGUGAAAAUAAAACGACUGAAAGUUCGCCCAGAAAAGUAAAAUUUCAAAAUGUUCCAGCAGAAGAAAUGAAUGAGAUGGUUCGAGGUAUAUCUCAAUGCUCGAGACCUGGAAGUGCGAUGGAUAGACCGCCAAGUCAGUCCGACAGUCGACCAGGAAGUCGGGCUGGAAGUCGAUCUGACCGGCCGGGUAGCCGGUUACUGAACAAAUCCAGGAGACACUUUGGCUGCAAAAUAGAUAGUAUUGAUGAACCUGACAUAGAUUCUCCGGUCCUGACUCCUAGGUUAAGACACCAGGAGAGGUUAAGUCGAUCUCCAGGAGCAAAAUCUCCUCUCAUCCCCAAAACCGUUCCCGAAGUUCCCAAAACUCCUCCACUCCUUCCUGCUCCCUCAUCACCACCUACCCCUGUCGUUCCUGCGGUAAGUUUGGACAGCUUCAAACAAAUCAACAUCAGAAAAUCUAAACAAAAGAAAGUUCACAAAAUCCUGGAGAAACAGAAACGCAAGGCUGAGAAGAAUACAAAGAAGAAACUGCUUGGUUUCGGACAGAAGAAAGAAGAGGUGGAGAAACAGAAACCCAAGACGGAGACCAAACCCCACCUGAAGAAGGCUCAGGUUACAGACGAGGAGAGAGAUCUGAUAGCUCAGCUUCUUAUGGUCGGAGAAAUGGCAGUUAAAGAGACUUCUUCAAAAUUGGAUUCGGAACCUGUUGCUAAAACAACCGUUGCACCCAUCCUCGACUUUGAGGAGGCACACGGUAUGGGGGAUACUGGAGUGCUAGAAGAAAUAGACGAGUUGUUUUCAGCAUUCUAAACAAAACAUCUCUGUGAUACAUGUAACAUAAAUAUUGUUAUUUUCUUGAGAAAUAUAUUUGAUUAUUUUUGGAUUUUAGGAAAAAUAUUUUUCA